AUGGGAGCAACAAUAGAUGACAAUAGCGACAAGGCGAUUCAAAAUGAGAACGUGGAUCAUGUCUCCAAGCUGAGUGAUGCUUCUAGAGAGACGGAGAUUGGUUUAAAUGAUACGGGUGAUGUGGUUCGUGAUAUUGGUAAGAUCAACACCACGGAAGUUGAUUCAAUGCAAAACGAUGGUGAGGUUGAUUCCAAACCAAAAGAUAUUGCAGAAGAUUCUGCAGAAGAUUCUGCCGCAGAUUCUUCUAGUUCUUCCAGCUCAAGAAGUAAACCCGGAAAACCACGUCGUCGGUUUGUAGGUAAGCCACUUAACAGAGAUGAUCCCACAGCUUUAGUGCGAAAGACAAGAGCGCCCCGAACGAUAGGAAGAGCCAUUAAUCAGGUUCCAGAUGAUAUUCUUAACGAUACUGAGCUCAAUAAUGCCAUUAAACUUCUCCCAUCCAAUUACAACUUUGAGAUUCAUAAGACAGUGUGGAACAUUCGAAAGAAUAAUGCCAAAAGAGUGGCUCUUCAAAUGCCCGAAGGGUUGUUGAUCUAUGCCCUUGUUAUAAGUGAUAUCUUAGAAGAGUUUUGUAACGUUGAAACUGUGGUUAUGGGAGAUAUAUCAUAUGGAGCAUGCUGUAUAGAUGACUAUACUGCUAGGAAGUUAGAUUGUGAUUUCAUUGUCCAUUAUGCCCAUUCAUGUCUUGUCCCUGUGGAUAUCACUUCAAUUAAGGUGCUUUAUGUGUUUGUCACCAUCAGUAUAGAUGAACGCCAUUUGCUUGCCACUAUGAAGGUGAACUUUCCUAAGCAAGCACAUAUUGCUAUGUUUGGUGUGAUUCAAUUCAACCCUACCAUUCAUAGUGUAAAAGCUAAGUUGGAAAUAGACCUGGAUCAUCCUAUCAAUAUUUCACCUCCUCAGACAAUGCCAUUAUCUAAAGGUGAAGUUUUGGGUUGUACAUCUGCUCGUUUAAAUAAGGAGUCUUAUGAUGCUAUGGUUUAUAUUGGAGAUGGACGUUUCCAUUUAGAGUCAGCUAUGAUUCAUAAUCCAGAGAUACCUGCUUAUCGAUAUGAUCCAUAUUCCCGUAAAUUCACUCGUGAAUACUAUGACCAAAAGGAAUUGGUACGUGUGAGAUCUGAUGCUGUGGCCACUGCAUCUCAGGCAAAGAAGAUUGGACUUAUUUUGGGUGCUCUUGGACGUCAAGGGAACCCCAUAACAGUUGCAAAUUUGGAGGCACAAUUUGCCACUAGAGGAAUAGAAGUAGUUAAGAUCAUUCUUAGUGAGAUAUUCCCUCAAAAGUUGGCAAUGUUUGACGAUAUAGAUGCAUUUGUGCAAGUAGCAUGUCCGAGAUUGUCUAUAGAUUGGGGGUAUGCUUUCAGUAAACCUUUACUUACACCAUAUGAAGCUAUGGUGAUGGUAGAACAGGAUACCAAAUGGAAUGACAAGUACUAUCCCAUGGACUAUUAUGCCAAGGAAGGUUAUGGUAGAGGGAAGGUGCCAAAGCAUGAGGUUAUAUGA